AUGGCUAGUGACGGUGGUUCUCCAUCAAAAAAAAGAUUUAUUUCUGAAAGUGUCCAUGAAUCACCUCAUAAAUAUCAAUUGAGAGAAAUUUCAAAACCACCAACAAGAUAUAAAGAUUAUUUUAAUUCUACUUAUUCUUCUGAUUAUGGUGAUUCAAUUGAAAAAUCAAGAAAAAGACACAAAAGUCUUAAUGUUAAAAUUGAAGAGAUUGAUCAAAAAAAUAAUGAAUCUGUAAAAGGUUCUUUAACAAGUAUUGAUUCAACAUUCAAUAGACAGGGAAGGAAAAUGUUAAGACCAUCAAAAAUUGAUAUGAAUGAGUUAAAGAGAAAAAAUUCACGUUGUGCAAUUUUUUGUACAAAAUUAAAAAAAACACGACAAUGGAUGCAAUAUGAAUUUUUCUAUUCAGCUUUAGAUUAUCAAUUAUAUCUUGGUGAUAAUGAUUUUAAUACUUGCUUAAAAACUGAUUUUCCUAAUUUAAAAACAAGAAUUUUAACAUUACCAGAAUGGAGAAUUGUUAAAAAAUUAAUUGGAAAACCAAGAAGGUUUUCACAAAGUUAUCUUAUAGAAGAGAUGCAAGCAAUAGAAAUGAAAAGAAAUAAAUUAAGAAUGAUAUAUAAUGGUAAUAUGAAUAUUUUACAACCAGAUUGGGCUGGUAAUUUACCAUUAAAAAUCCCAAGACCUUUGGCUGUGGGACAAAAUGUUUUUGUACGGUUAACUAAACCAACAAUUGGUGUAUUUUAUGGUAGAAUUGAUGCUGUACAUGAAAAUUCAUUUAGAAUUAUUUUUGAAGAUGAUACUAAUUUACCACCAAUGUUGGUUGAUGAUGUAAAUGUAAUGCCUGAAAUUUUACCUGAAUUAGUGUCAGUUCAAUAUUUUAUUGACCAAUUUAGAAAUAAUUCAUGUAAAGAUUUUUCUAGAAAUGAUAUAUACAGUGAAAAUAAUAGUGAUAAAAUUAUAAAUUUUAAGGAUGACAUUGACAAUGAAUGUACAGUAAAACAUCCACCUCCUAGACAUAUAUCAACAGUAUCAGUUGCUAAAGAUGAUAAGGUUGGUAAUUUUCCAGUUCGUAUGCUAGUUUUAUUGGUAAAACUUCACAAAUUGGUUAAUAUGAAGAAAGAAAUAAUUACACAUCUAGAUCUUUUAAAUAGUGAAGCAGAAAAGUGUCAUCUCGUUUCUGGUGAAUAUCCUUUUGAACUUCAACAGUCUUAUGGAAAAUCAGUUAUUCAAUUAGAAAAAAUAAAUGAAACAACUAAGAGUUAUAUAAAGAUAGUAAAUGAAUAUAUUAAUAAUCUCCAACCAACUAAUCAUUGUAAAACUGAUAGAAUUAUAAAAAACAUUUGGAUGUGA